AUGCCUUUACGAAAAGCCUCUGCGACUAAGAAUGAUAAGACUCGUCUUGCCCCUACUCAACCUUUUACUUGUGGUUUUACAUUUACGCAACCAACUAUGCCAUUAUUUGGUGCCAAAUCACUCAUUACUCAGGUUACAAAUAAACCAUUAGAUAUUCAAGGGCAAAGCAGCAAAUUUAUAGGUAUGGAGACUGAGAACAAUGUCAGCCCUGAAAAUACUUCUCGAUUACAAAAUCCAUCUGUUGAAAAGGACUGUUGUGGUAUCUGCUUAGCAGCUUAUAAAUCACCCCGAAUACUGCCAUGUAAGCAUAUAUUCUGUCGAUUGUGUUUAACAAAACAAGCUGGCAAAGAUAGUGACCAACAAGAACCUGACGAAUGUCAAAAAGUGUUUUGUGUCUCUUGCAAAAUAAUUCAUGAUAACUUGCUGAAACAUGAGGUACAGGAUCUCAAACUAGAUCUUUCUCAAGGUAAAUGUUUAAAACACCCAGAAGUUAAAGUUGGAUAUUUAUGCCUGGAUUGUUGCAGUACGCUCUGUACAGAAUGUGUAAAAUCAGAGCAUAGCCUACACCAAACCCAAACUAUAAAAUCUUACUUGAUAGAGAUUGAAAGAGAACUGAUGGAAUAUUCUUCAAAAAUUGUAAAAAAGGUGGAAACCGUUGAAAUGUCAAAGGUGUUGUUCACCUCAAUCACGGAUUCUAAAGUUAUGGAGAAUAUCGAACAUGUCGAAAAACUUAGCGAAGAUUUUAAGAUAGACUUAGAAAAGGCUUGUCGAUCUGAAAAUAAAAAACAACAUAAAGACAAGACAUUGCUAAAUAGAAUAAAUUUGAUGGGAAAGAGAGUCAAGGAGAGCAUCAUUCAGAGAAAAUUUAACCAAAAUCUGAUGUCAGAAAUAAAAGAAUUGAAGGAAAAAAUUACAACUCAUGAAAAUUUUUAUCUUCCAAAUAAUGUUGAUGAUAUAAUUGAUAACCAGAUAGGAACGAUGGAUGUCCAAAUGGGAAGAUUGUUUGUAUUUCAAUUAAAAGACAACAGAAAUGCUAAAUAUAAUUUUUUCUUUGCUAAUAUAAACUGGACGUUGUCAUCAACUUCAACGCAGUCGAACGGUUUAUGUAUUUCUUUAACACCCUUCAGGAAACCCGAGGACAAUUUGUUGAUAGAAUCUAUUACUUCAGCUGUUACCAUAUAUGUAGAAGGGAGGAAGAAGAUAGACGAUACGGUUUCAAGAAAAUUCUCAAAGACAUCUCGAUCAGCACAGGACCAAGUGGAAAGGGAAUUUAAAAACUAUGGCAAUAUUGCUUCUUGUGUAAAGGUUUUAUUUCAAAUGACAGAAAUAAAACACAGAAUGCAAGUGGAGUAG